AUGGUCAAGUUUCGAGGCAUCGAAAUUUGCAUCAUCUCACAGUUCGACAUCCGCAAAUUGCCCGAAUUCGGAUACAGCCCUUCCACUCGGCCAGCUGAUCCAUUCCAGGUCAAUCAGCAGCCUCAACCGUCGAGCGCUUCAGCCUUCCCGACUGCGUCCUGCCACGUCCCAAUCUACCCUGGUAGUCAAGUCUGGUUUGAAUACACCGUUGACGGUCCUCAUCCGCCUGGAGCGGCCUACUUCUUCAAACUCUUGAUCAACGGGAAAAUGGUCAUAUCGUGGGAUUGUACUGCAAAGCACGAUUUCCAUGGCAAGAUGAUGUACAAUCUAGUCAAUGAAGGUGCUGAUGCUGUGACUGGCGAGAGUCUAGUGAGAAGAGAGGCCUUUCGUUUUGGAGAUGGGCUUGAAGACCGUGACCGAAGAGACUUGGACGACGACAUGAUCCAAAUCAACGUGCAUCGUGUCGAGCAUCGCCAACGCGUCAGAGACCUCCACCAGGGAUUCGGAGCAGUAGACAUCAACACAACCAGCGCUGAAGGCCUGCGUCUUACAAACAGUGGGCUCCUGGAGCCUGGCUUCCGGCCUCGGCGCUACAAGUACCAGCUUCUUGACCCAGUCGACAUGCCGUACGCCGCGUUUCGGUUCUAUUGUAGACCAUACGAAUAUCUUGAAGGGAAUGGGAUCAUUCAUCGAUCUGCAUCGACGGUGUCUGGCAGCACAUCAUCUACCGCCUUCUCGGAAGAGACCUCAAAUCAUGCAGAUGGCGCGUCGCCUCUUCGACAAGUCGGACAUGUGCCAAUAUCUUCUCUUCGCAAGUCAGCAGGAGAUGUGACACCGAACAAAUCGUCCGCGAAGAACGGAGUCCCGCAAACGCCUCGAAGUCAAGGAAAGAUUGCCAUGGUGGAUUCAGACAAUGGAAGCGUCGGGCGGGUCACCACAGUAGACGACUCCUUGAGCAUCAAGACGAAGGACAGCAUCGAAGAGCUUCAGUCAUCAGUUCCACGGUCACCCAAGUCGCCUCGGUCGGCAAUGACGAAGCCAGAAGAUGACGCUGACAGUGCGGAUUCAGAGACGACCAAGUCGCCAUCAAAGUUCCCACGAGACACUUGUGAGCGAUUGAAGAAGAAACUCAUAGUCAAUAUUAACGGCGCAGACUUCGACAUUGAGCGUAAAAAGGGUCCUUUGAGUCCGUUCACCAGUGGUGGAGUGCUUAGGAAAGCACCACCUCAGACGGCCCCAGCUGCAGUUACUGAGUUUGGUCCAACCGUCGACGAGGAGGUCAGAGUCAGCCUCAAUUCGAAGUCAAAGACAAGUCCCAAACUCGACAAUGGAGUUGAGAAAACUACCCGGGCUGAACGAGGCGGAAAGAGGCUGAUGGGUUUUCUUGGAAGAAGAAUCGGUGCAGAUGGAAAUGCUUGA